GGGAGAGGGAGCAAUAGCGCCGCCUGGGGCCCAACCGGGGAGCUGCCGGAAGCGAAAAAGCCGCGCCCCAGCUCGAACUAUAACGCGUCCAAGCAGCGGGCAGCCGUUUCGCCCGGGGAGGGGCACCCACGGGCUGCCCAGGAGCCAUGGCAGACCAGCAGCGCUCGAGCCGCCGGGGCCUGGACUACGAACCGAACGAGACGCCGUCGCGCAUGGCGUCCGUCGACGACUUCCUCGACAGCGUCGACGACGCUUUGUUGUUGGCACCGGUCUCUCAGCAUGCGAGGGGAGCGCAGCCCCACGUCGUCCGAACCUUACGGGACUUUAAUCGCAUGCCGCCACCAGCAAGAGACCGGGAAGUCAAAAGAGAAAUGGAGACGGCGCAGGUGGAACGGGAAGAAAAGCUCCAGGGUAUGAUGAUGCAGGAGCAACUCGAUUUGUUCGGCGAGAUGGCGCGGCGCAUCCAGGGCAUGGCGCGCAUGGUUUCGGGGAAGCGGGAGGCGAACGAGGCGCGGGAGCGGUUUGAGAGGGUCGUCGAGGAGGCGAAGGCGGCAUUGCGUAUACAAAGGGCCAUCCGCGGCGCGCUCGGGAGGCGGUUCGUGCGCAUGUUUCAUGAGCUCGAGACUAGGAAUCUGGUGCUUGGGGCUUCUGCCACACAUAUCCAGCGCAUUGUAAGAGGCAUGUUCGGCCGGGAGAUCGCGAGGAUAAAACGCGAACGCGCCGCGAUCGCGCUGAUGCAGCGGUGGUAUCGGGGCUGUCGGGGACGGCACGUCGCAAGCAUGGAACGGGCGCGCCUCGAACACUUGCGAUUAAGAGCUGAAAGCGCUUGUAAAAUACAAGCUGCUUGGCGCAUGAAGGUCACGAGGGAGGAGUUCCAGUUAUUAAGGGUGCACAUGGUCGCGGCUCUCGAGAUUGAGAGGGUGUACCGAGGCCAUCUGGGACGACGACGAACACAUAGACGACGAGACUGGGAAAAUGCCGAGCCGGGUCCCGAGAGGUUAAAACUGGGACUGCGACUCAUCGAGGAAUCUAAAGUAGCGUUUGAAAGGCAGCAGGAGGAGAUUGACGCCUUGCACCGGUCCCAGGAGAAGGCCGAGAAUCGCGUGUCGCAUAUCCAUGCGGAACUACGAGAAUCAGAGAAGGAACUAGCUGUGUUAGAGCGGGAACUCCAAGAAAUCGACCAGAUCGAGCGGGAUUUGCAUGAACUGACGCAUGAACGAGAAGUGUUGCAGCUCAAAAUCACGGGUGCGGCGGGCAUCGCGUCGACCGGAGAACCGCCGCGCAUGGGCUCGGGCAAGCCUCCUGACGUGUUGGCUCUGUUGCCGGAAGGGCACCCGUCCAUGGAUGACGAUGCUCUGUUGGCACCGUCGCAGGACGUCGACGACGAGCCGGGCACGUCGACUGCUGAGAGACGAUUGCAGGCGGACGCGCAUGCGUUGGAGGUGGCUAUUCACAGAAAGCGAGCCGAGAGGGAAAGGAAGCGCCAGGAGCUCGAAGCGGAGUUCGCCGCCGUGUUCCAGGAGGUGUCGCGCAAGAAACAUGCUCUGGAGCGGCUGGAAGUGUCAAUCGCCGACAUGGAUGCUACACGAGUGAGGAAAGAUAGGGAGUUUUCAAGACUGCAAAGGAACCUCAUGGAGUUACUCCAAGAGCAGAAAUAUGAGCUGGAUACGCUACGAGAAAAAGGUAUUGAGCUAGAAACGGCGACGGCGACGUCAGCCGCCGCGGCCACAGCGACCGCCUUACGGGCAAAGGAGCACGAAAAACGCGCCGCGACCAUGUUCAACCAGACGGAAGAAUUGAUGAAGUUCCAGUUCAUGUCCAUGUCCUUGUCCUAUUUCUCUUCGUUAAAUAUGCUCCAGCAGCUGCGCGAGAUGAACGCUGAUACCACCACUGCCGCAGUGGCCUCAUCAGCGGACGCCGCCGCGGCAGCAGCAGCCGCGGCAACGGCGGCGAACGUCCCUAGCAUAAAACACAUGAAGCUGGGGGCCGAGGACGUGGCCAUGGGCACGCUCAAGAAGAAGCAGGCUGAAUUAGCAGCUGCUCGGUUGGCCGAGCAGGAGGCUAAACGGUCGAAGGCCGAGCCCUUCCCUCCCGAGAUGCGGCUGUGGUCUGUGUCGGACGUUGCCAGAUGGUUGGAUACGUUAUCUUUGGGCCAGUACAAGGACGCGUUCCGAGAAGCUUCGGUCGACGGCGACUUCUUGCUCGAGUUACGCGAGGAGGACUUGGUGCAAGUCUUGGGCAUGGAGCACAAGCUGCACGUGCGGAAGGUCAUCCUGGGACGAGAUAAACUGCGACCGCUGUCCGAGACGGACCACGUCAAAAAGGCCCUCGUCUUGCGGGAGGAGCACGCGGAACGGGAGCGGGACGGCGUGGCCAUGCCUGCCACGGACGUGGUGUUCAGUCAAUGUAGGAACGGCCGCGUGAAGCGCCUCGGCGAGUCGCUGAACCUCGGGUUCCCGGUGGACAAAGAAGACGAAAAGGGCAACACUUUACUCAUGUGCGCCGCGCAAAACUUAAAUCUGAAGAUGUGCGAGAUGCUGAUUAAUCGGAACUGCGACGUGAACCACCGGAACUCGUCGGGCAACACCGCGCUGCACUUCGCCAUGGCGUACGACUCCGAGGGGACAUUGGCCGAAUAUUUGAUUCAGCAAGGGGCUGAUGAUACCAUCGAAAACGCGGUCGGCUGUACGUGCUACGACGGGCUCGGGCAAUAACACUUACUUAUAGUA